GGCUGGCCACGCCUUCUCUAUAAAAGUCAGCCUACAGCGACUCGUGAAGUAUUUCAAGCACCUGGUGUGAAGGUGUAGUCUUGCAGGAAUAUUUCGGACGAUAAAUCAAGUUUUCCUCUGUGUGAUUUUUCUUCACCGGAGACUACAGGCCCACAUCGGUAAAACUGGGAAGGAAAAUCGUCUGUGUUGAUCGGUUAUUGAAUUCGCAGGUGUGAGACGCUACAUGUCUACAAAGAUAACUGAACAUAUUUGUAGUGUGUCGUGAGAUGACUGAAGUGAUGAUCAGCGCCGCACCGAUGGAUGACAUGAGGCUGAGUCCCAGCAAAGACCGUCUCACCUUCCAGAUCUUUCCAGACCCAUCAGACUUUGAUCGCUGCUGUAAAUUGAAAGAUCGGCUGCCAUCCAUCGUGGUGGAACCGACAGACGGUGAGGUGGAGAGCGGCGAGCUGCGCUGGCCUCCGGACGAGUUCCUUGUCAGUGAAGAGGAAGAGCAAGACGGAAACGUCCAGAAUGGACUCAAUGUUAGAGAGAAUUAAACUGACUGUCUCUCUCACUCGCACACACACACAGGUUAACAAAAGGAAUAGAUUGAUCACACAAAUACUCACACUUUCUUAAGACUGCAAAUUGACAAAAAUAUAAUUCACAAAACAUAACUAGUUCAUUGAUAUUACACAGUCUGUACUGCGAUCGUGUCUGUUUAUCCAGCCUCACAACACACCCAAUGGGCCAAAGACAAUGUCAGAACACCCAAAACACCAAACGCUUCCACUGCCUGAACGUCACCCACAGGAGCAGUUCAUCUGUUCCACUGCAGGAGACACUGUGUGCGUGUGCGUGCGUGCAUAUAUGUGUGUGUGCGUUCGUGCGUAUAUGUGUGCGUGUAUAUGUGUGUGUGCGCACGUAUAUGUGUGUGUGUGUGUGUGCGCGUAUAUGUGUGCGUGUAUAUGUGUGUGUGCGUACGUAUAUGUGUGCGUAUGUGUGCGUGCGCGCAUGUGUGUGUGUGUGUGUUUGUCAUCUGUUUGUCGAGUGGAGUAUAUUGUGAGGUUGUCGAGUCAGUUUUGCUUCCAAUGUGUUUGGGAGAUUUCAUCAACUGAUCACUGUUGAAAUACACAGAGGGUUUGAUGGAGUUCACAGGUCAAUAGCAGGUUAUUUGAAGGUCACAUAGCCAGUUCAUUUGCUUAGGAAACUAGAUGUUCAGCUGCUCAGGUGCAUUUUACAGUCUGCUCAUUCCCGCUCUUUGCCUCUUCACACUUUUUGAAAGAUGCAGAUUUUCUUCCAAAUAACAAGACGCGAAUGGUAUUUGUAUUGGAAAAGAGUCAAUUUCACUGUAGAUAUUUUCACAAUUAUUGUCACAGUUUCUCUUGAUUUCCACAGAAACUCUCGGUUGUGACAGAAACACAUUAUCAUGUGCUUUAGAGGAGCAGAUUUAAUGAAGUGUUUACUGACCUUCACAGGGCCUCUCAAUGUCACUUUGCUUUGUACUUUCAUCUUGGUAAAAUAUUUAGAAAAAAAUGCAUUGAACUAGUUGUCUUCCUGUCUAACACUGUUAACUGACAUGCGUCUCUUGUUAACUAAUGAAACCAUUCAAUUAUGUCUAGUUGUUCAAGUCAUAUUGUAAAUUAUAUUUCACAGAAUGUAUGACCUUGCGUCUCUAUCUGUGUCUGUCUAUUUCUUUACUCGCGUGUAUAUACAGUGUCAAUACUGAGUGAGUGUAUAUAUGUGUGUUUGUUCUGGGCACUUCCUGUCGGCAGCGUCUAUACGUCUCUCUUCAUCUGUAAAAAGCUCAGGGAGAGUCGCACAAAAAAAGUUUGUUUGUUAGUUUCUCUUAUUAUGUAUAUGCGCCACUGUUUCUCUGUCACUGUCAGAGGUUGUAAAUAAACAUUUUGAAAGUGCUUUUCACAUCAGGCUCUGAGUUUAUUCAGUCUGUGUAUUUUAAACCAGAAAAAAGUUGACCUUUGUGCAGCUUGUGUGUGUCUGUCUGUGUUUGAGUCGCUUUGUGAAAAUUUUGUAUCAUGAAAAUAAAAUGUUUUAGGAGUUUCAUUCUCUGAGACAUUUGUUGUGAGAAACAGGAAGUUUGUCUUCUCUCUUCCUUUGUUGCUGUCUUGACUCGCAGCACGAGAGCUUUUCAUUGGCCUGACUUCCUGCAAAUGUUCUGUAUGUAUGUGCAUGUAUAUUUGCUGUGAAUGUGCACGCGUACUGUAUUUAGUCAUGCUAACCACAAGCUGCCUUCCUGCCUCUCUAGACUAACCUCGAAACGAGCACACUUCCUCUCCAAGUCAAGUAAUAUUUAUUUGUAUGGUGCUUUUCACAACACAUAUCAUUUCAAAGCUGCUUUACAGAAAAUCAUGCUGUAACAAAAAUUAUGCUACUAAAGUCCUCACUGUGUGGUUAUAAUGAAUAACGAGAUUCAAAUUUUUAAGGCAUGAUUUUUAGUCAUUAGGCUCCCAGUGAGCAAGCCGAAGGCGACUGUGGCAAGGAACACAAAACUCCAAAAGAUGUAGAUAAUGGAGAAAAUAACCUCGGUAGAAACCAGACUCACCAGUAACCCUCUGGCUAACCAGCAUGAAUAUAAUGGCAAUAUUAUCUAUGUGUAAUACAAGUCUUUUUUUUUUUUAACUUUUAUUUUUAUAAAGUAAACUGAGUAUAUGUUGGUGGACAAUGUUUAAAACUAAAGGAUUAAGUGUCUAUGAAUUCCAUCCCAAAUUGUUUGCAGAAAUGCACAUAGAUGCAGUGUCCAUUCAGUUGGCUGAUUAUGGGUUUAGUUGGUGUUAAUUUAAUGUCUACACUCAUGGGCAAAAAUAUUAAGUUUUUAAUGGUCUUUAAAAUUGCAAAGGUAAAAUCAUGAUAAUUAUUAAAAUGUCAAAAUCAAAUUCAAACUAACACAUGUCUGGGUGUACAAAAUUUUCCAAAAAUAUCAUGUGGGAUGUUUUUUUUUUUGUUUGUUUUUUUUUCUUAAAAGAUUAGUCAUUAGUUGAUCUGCCACACCUGAUGCAGGCCAUCGA